AGUUUUGAAAGCUUCCAUAUAUGUCUUUUCCUUUCUCUCUGCUAUAUAUCUCUCUAAGCAUCUCUCUCCCUCUCACAUAUUAUAUAUAUACACAGGUCUUCAUCACUGUUUAAAGGAGAGAAAGAAACCAAGCCAGCAAAAUAUACCCAGAGACAGAUUUCUCCAUUUCUUUCCUCUUUCAACUCUCUUUCUCUCUUAAUUUGAAUAUUAUUUUUGCAGAGAAGAAGAGAAGAGAAGCGUGUUUUUUUUUUUUUCUAUUUUUGGUAAUUAUUUUUUGAAGAUGGGAAGGGGUAGGGUUCAGUUAAAGAGAAUUGAAAACAAGAUUAAUAGGCAAGUCACUUUUUCGAAAAGAAGGUCUGGUUUGCUGAAGAAAGCUCAUGAGAUCUCUGUUCUUUGUGAUGCUGAGGUUGCUUUGAUUGUCUUCUCCACUAAAGGGAAGCUUUUCGAAUACUCUACCGAUUCCUGCAUGGAAAGGAUCCUUGAACGUUAUGAGAGAUACUCAUAUGCAGAGAGGCAGCUUGUUGCAACUGACACUGAAACAAAUGGUAGCUGGACUCUGGAACAUGCAAAGCUGAAGGCUAGGGUUGAGGUUUUACAAAGAAACCAAAGGCACUUCAUGGGGGAAGAUCUUGAUUCUUUAAGUCUCAAAGAACUUCAAAAUUUGGAGCAACAGAUCGAUUCUGCUCUUAAGCACAUAAGAUCAAGAAAGAACCAACAGAUGUAUGAAUCCAUUUCAGAACUCCAGAAGAAGGAUAAGGCAUUGCAGGAGCAAAAUAACCAGCUUGCAAAGAAGAUCAAGGAAAAGGAGAAGGCAAUGGCUCAACAGACAAAUUUGGAGCAGCAACAGAAUCAAGCAGUAAAUUCAUCACCUGUUCUUAUACCACAGUCAAUGCAGUCCUUCAACUUAAGCAGCUACUCUGCGAGAGGCAUUAGAGGUGAAGAUGAAACAAGUCAAAUCCAUCACCGAGCCAAUGGAGGACUCCUGCCUGCUUGGAUGCUUCCACACCUUAAUGAGUAAAAGAGGGGAAGAACUCUUAUUUAUAGUCUAGCCAAAAUUUCAGUUGGUUUGGUCUGAUAUAUAUAGCAUUUCUAUAUAAGUUUUUUCAGUGUCUAGUUUAUGGUAAUGCUUGGAUGGCAUGAACCAUUCACUCUUGUAUAGAUUAUUGUCAUAUAUAUAUAGAUA